AUGGGGGUUCCCACACAUAAUCUGACAGCUCUUGAGCAGCGUCGACGAGCCCUCGAAGAGAACAUCCUCCAACUUCAGAAAUCCCUCUACCACUGGCGCACUCUCGAAGCAGACUACGAUGGACUCCGCGACGAAGUCAAGAGCCUUGAUGAAGACGCGACAACCGACGAAUUCCUUCUUGUCUCCCGCGAACUCGGUAGCUCGCAAGUGAAGGAAGAGGAUAUGAAAAGCAUUCUCGAUACAAAGGGCGCGAGGAGAUCACGCGAUCAAGUUGUUGAUAUCCUUGGACGGAGAAUUGAUUACGUGCAGCAAAACGUUUCUAUUGUGGAAAAACGCCUGCGGGCUGCGGAGGAUGAGCUCUAUGCGUUAGAUGCCGGAGAUCAUCCGCCAGUGCAGGGUGGCUGUAACUUUGCGAUGAAGGAGAUCUUUGAAGAAUUGGAUGACGAUGGAGCUAUCAUAUCUAGCUCUGUGAACGAUCCCGGCGACCAAGCACCACAAUUGCUAGACCUUCUGAAGAAAGCCGGGGUGGAGAAUAUACCCGACAUCCCUAAAGCCAGGGAGCUUGCUGCCAAGGGUACUACCCCCCGUGCAGACGCAGAGCCUAGCCACGCCGAGGAAGCGCAGCCAGCUGUUAAUGCCGCAACGAGUGACGCAAGCCCUGCCCCUCCCCCCGAGACAAAAACCUCUUCACAAGAGGAGGCAGGCGAAGAACUGGACCUAUCUCAGCCAGUCUCAUUGGUCACAGACGAAGAUCGCAGCGUUCCACCCGUUACGGAUGUGGAAGAAUCAGCGGAAGAUGCCCGCCUUCGCCGUGAAAUGCUCCAGUACGGCAUUGACGAGGUUGGAGCUAUCGUUGCUGAGCUUGAACUGGAUGAGGAGGGCAGUGAAUUCUCCGUGGACGACGAAGACUUCGAAUUUGGAACUGACGACGAGGAUGAGGACGAAUUCGGUCGCUCCCACACGGAGCUCACGGAGGAAUAUCACCAACAGAUGCGUGAACUGGAAAAGAGACUGACCGGACGCGAGAUGUUGAAUAUGGGCAAAGACGUGCGAGCGAUCCCAGAAAAUGUACAAAUCCAAGAAGCCGAACCAGAGGUGGAACUCAUUGAGGAGGUACCAAUGGGUGACGCUUCCAAGCGCUCAGAGAAAGACAAGAAAGCCAAGAAGCGUGUCGCUUUUGCGGAUGAACUUGAUAUUGCUCCUUCUUCCGAAGGCCCCUCAAUUGAGCAGCUUCCUUCCGCGGAGAAGAGGACCCUGCCUCCAAUGCCCGAGGCGCCCCCGCUUGCAGAUGCCAUUAUUGAGCGUACCGAUCGUGUUCCGGAGAGCCAUCAGAACGCUGAAGCACCAAAGAAGGUUUCUCGAUUCAAAAGUGCUCGCGCUGCAGUGCAAGCCCCAUCAGGGCUGGCUGCAUCCACCUCGAGCCCGGGUUUUCCAGGACCACAACCCGUUCGAAAGCAAGCUAAUGCCGUGCCGUCCGCUAUUCCCCCAGCUCUUUUCCCCGCCACCCCUUCAGAACCAAAGCCUUUUUUAACUCCGAUCGCAGACAACUCGGAUACACCCUCUGCUCCCCAGCCCCCUCAAGGCAAAACUCUAGCUGAUAUGCUCGUCGAGCGCGAGACUGCCCGAGGUCCAGUCAACGCCCCGAGCCUGAUGAGCUUGAUGAGGAAAUUCAUCGGAAAGAGAUCGCAAGCGAAUUUUACCGUUUGCGAAAUCGAAAAAUCCAGAACCACGGAGGCUUUCUCAAUGACGAGGAGCCCGAGGGUGUACCCUUGA